AUGGCGAGCGAUAAUACAAAUCAGAAUGCAUCGGGAAGUUAUCAGCCAGUUAGUUCUGUAGUAUCAAGUCAAUCGCCUUCAAAUCGACAAACAAAUGUGGUGACACAAGAUGCAACAGGAUUUGGUAUGAAUGCAUCAAAUCGUGGUAACAAAAAUGGUCUCAUCCAUUUUCAAUCCCAUUUCGAGUUCGAAAAAUUAACAUUUUAUAAAGUUCUUCAUGAAGUCAUCAAGCCAACUCUACUAACUAUGAGUGGAGAGCCAUUUGAAUUUCGUCUGUUACUCAAACAUAUUGUUCUUGUUGACUUGUGUCUUGCCACUUCAGAUAAACAAAAUUACUUUCAGUUCCAGAUUCGAAUUGGGAAAAUAGAAGAUGAUGGCACACUAUUAAUAACGGAUUAUUUGCCCCCGGGACUUGACAUUAAAUUUGGUUUUUCACCUUGUGUACUUCCAUCUUAUAAUUCAUUGCCACCACCAAAUGAAGCUACACAGCCUAUUGAUUGCACCAAUUUAUUGGCUUUGGACCCAUCAGUUUUAAAUAUGUUCUUUAUAAAAUGGACUCCUGAUCAAAAUAAUUACGCCCUAACAAUGUGUCUAGUAAAACGAUUAACUGUGGAUAUGUUGAUAAGAAGACUUCAAGAGAAAGGAGGUAAGAGUUCAGAAGAGACUCAAGAAGAUAUAAUUAGAAUGUUAGCAGAUCCAGAUUUGGUCACAUGUAAAUCAGGUUAUAGUUUUUCCUUGUUGUGUCCAUUAGGUAAAAAAAGAAUGGAGAUACCGGCAAAAUCUAUCCAUUGUACUCAUCUACAAUGUUUUGAUGCUAAGAUAUUUCUUUUAAUGAAUGAAAAGAAACAAACAUGGAAGUGUCCAAUAUGUGAUAUAUCUUGCUUGUACGAUGAAAUACAAAUACAAUUAUUUUUUUUGGCUAUUGUCACAAGUCCAGAACUAGAUGGUGACUGUACAGAUAUAGAGUUUAUAACGGAUGGUUCAUGGAUUGUAAAUGAAAAUAAUGAGACCAAAAUCAUGAAUAUUACUCCUAAUACCGAAAAAGAACUUAUGAAUUUGGAUGAAGAAAAAUGCAUUAUCAAUGAGGUGGAAUAA